UCCUGAGGCAUUCAUUACCUCCCUUCUUCUUCUUCUUCUUCUUAUUAUUAGUAUUCUUCUUCUUCUUUUAUCUUUGGUUUGUGGUGAAAAAUGGAUGUAAUGAAGCUUGAUUACAACUACAAAGGUGAAAAUGCUUUAAAAGAGCUUGAGAGGAUCACCUCGAAAGCUGCUGAAGUUCAAGAUAACAUUUUAUGUGGGAUCUUAGAAAGAAACAAGGAGACAGAGUACUUGAGUAAGUACAUGAAAGGCUUUAAGGACAUUCUGGAGUUUAAACGCUCUGUGCCAAUUAUCACGUACAAAGAUAUCUAUCCGUACAUUCAGAGAAUUGCUAAUGGAGAAGACUCUUCUCUUAUUACUGGCCAUCCUAUUACUGAAAUAUUAUGCAGCUCUGGGACUUCUGCUGGAGAACCAAAACUAAUGCCGACCAUUUCUGAAGAUCUUGAUCGCCGAACUUUUCUCUACAAUCUUAUUAUUCCGAUUAUGAACAAGUACAUACCUGGACUUGACAAAGGAAAAGCAAUGUACCUAAAUUUUGUAAAGGCUGAAACAUCAACUCCUUGUGGUUUACCAAUCAGAGCUGUCCUCACUAGUUACUACAAGAGCAAGCAUUUCCAAUGCAGGCCGUAUGAUCCAUUCAACGACUUAACCAGUCCGAUCCAAACCAUCCUUUGUGAAGACAGCAACCAAAGCAUGUACUGUCAGCUACUAGCCGCUCUGAUUCAGCGCCACAAAGUGAUGCGUUUAGGAGCUGUCUUUGCUUCAGCGUUUCUCCGUGCAAUCUCUUAUCUCGAGCAGAAAUGGAGUGAGCUCUGUGAAGACAUCCGCAGAGGUCGUCUGAAUCCCAUGAUCACCGAUCCAGGGUGCCAAGUCGCAAUGUCUUGUCUUUUAUCGUCGCCGAAUCCAGAGCUAGCUAGCGAGAUCGAAGAGAUCUGCAGACGCUCUUCGUGGAAAGGGAUUCUAUGUCAGCUGUGGCCUAAAGCAAAGUUCAUCGAAGCAGUAGUGACGGGCUCGAUGGCUCAAUACAUACCAGCACUAGAGUUGUUUAGCCAAGGCAAGAUUCCAUUGGUUUGUCCGAUGUAUGCUUCCUCUGAGACUUACUUUGGAGUCAACGUGGAACCACUCUCCCGACCAUCCGACGUUGUUUUCACUCUCUUGCCUAACAUGUGCUACUUCGAGUUUAUCCCUCUCGGCAAAAACGGGACACUCUCUUUUGAUCUCGACGACGGUGAGCAAGUCCCCUGCGAUGAAGUCGUUGAUUUGGUCAAUGUCAAACUCGGUCGCUACUAUGAACUGGUCGUCACAACUUUCGCAGGGUUGUACCGUUACAGAAUCGGGGACGUUCUUCAAGUGGCGGGAUUCUACAACAGAGCACCACAAUUCCGGUUUAUCUGCAGGAGAAACGUGGUUCUAAGCAUCGACUUGGACAAAACCAACGAAGAAGAUCUGCACAGGAGCAUAACGCUAGCCAAGAGGAAGCUUGGCAGCAACGCCUUCCUGGCGGAGUACACGAGCUACGCGGACACUUCAUCACUGCCGGGACACUACGUGCUCUUCUGGGAGAUCCAAGGGAAGCUGGAGCCGAAACUGGCACAAGAGUGCUGCGUGGCGGUUGAAGAAGAGCUGGACUACAUCUACAGACAAUGCAGGACGAAAGAGAGAUCGAUAGGGGCGUUAGAGAUAAGAGUGGUGAAACCAGGAACGUUCGAGAAACUGAUGGAUCUGAUUAUAAGCCAAGGAGGGUCGCUUAAUCAGUAUAAAACGCCGAGAUGUGUUAAGUACAACAGUGCAACGUUCAAGCUCUUGAACGGACACGUGACCGCUUCUUUCUUUAGCCCUCGUGACCCGACUUGGGUCCCGUGAUCCCCACGAGUUUCCGUCAUGACUCCCUGUAACUUCUCUAGUAAAGCUGCUGCUUGCUCUACUCUGUUUAUCGAUACAAAUUAAUAUUACAAGAAACUUUAUCCUUUGCUCUCUA